AUGGCGACAGAACCGAUCCGCGUAUUGGCUUUUGUCAACCAUUUGAUUGUAUGGGUAUCGUCGUUGAUUGUGACGGGCAUCCUCUCGUACUUUUUGAGCAAGUAUAGCCUCUCCAACAACACACACGUCAUCUACGAAGAAGUUAUUGCCGUCAUCACUCUUGCGUUUUGGAUACCUGCCAUGGUUUUGCCAAUCGUCGGAAAAUAUGGCGGGCAUCUAUGGCCGUUCAACCUCAUCUUUUCCUACCUUUGGCUCACAGCGUUUAUUUUCUCCGCGCAAGACUGGUCUCGUGGACGAUGUACCUUUAGUGAUUUUUUCAGCAGGUGUGGUUUGAAACGGACCGUCAUUGCUUUCAACUUUUUCGCAUUCUUUUUCCUGUUUUGCAACGUUGUCGUGGAGAACCGCCUCUACUAUCGACACCGAAACGAGGGAGUGACCGCUCCGAUGACGGGUCACAGAAAGCGACCGGAGACAGCAGAGACGGCCGAGACAGCCGAGACAACACAGUCUGCCACGGCCGCUGUUUAA